UUGUGCAGAUAUGUUAGGUAUAUUGUUAUGGAAAGAACUGAAGCCUUUCCAAAGAAAGGGAAUGAAGGGGUUUCCGUGAAUAGGAAGGAUGGUGUGUGAAGCGAGAGGGAGAGCUAACUAUUAUCCUAGAGAAUAUGAAGAGAAUGCAUGAUAGAAUAGACAGAUGUAGUAGAAUUAGUAAAUGUCGGCCCAAGGACUAAAGGGUUAUUCCAGAUGGGCCAGGAUGGCCUAGUUCCGAACGUGUUUGGGCUCUUCUGUACAUGACAUCUGGACAGAGAGAGGAAGCAGCAGCUUGAAAAUUCAGCCAAGUGAUCUGGCGGGAUGGGUAUUUGCCUGACAUACUUUAUAGAGGAAUUGGAUGGCAUAAGUGAAUAAGGUGGUAUUGAGGGGCACUGAAACCUAUGAAAGAUAGAAACUCAACCAUGAUUUCUUUUUCAACUCUACAGCAUUCCCUUCCUUGAAGUCUUCAUUUUUACCUUCGUCUCAGGCAGUUAUACUUAAGCAUGAACAUUGACGACAAACUGGAAGGAUUAUUUCUUAAAUGUGGCGGCAUAGACGAAAUGCAGUCUUCCAGGGCAAUGGUUGUAAUGGGUGGAGUGUCUGGCCAGUCCACCGUGUCUGGGGAACUGCAGGAGUCGGUACUUCAAGAUCGGAGUAUGCCUCACCAGGAGAUCCUUGCUGCAGAUGAAGUGUUACAAGAAAGUGAAAUGAGACAACAGGAUAUGAUAUCACAUGAUGAACUCAUGGUCCAUGAGGAGACAGUGAAAAAUGAUGAAGAGCAGAUGGAAACACAUGAAAGACUUCCUCAAGGACUACAGUAUGCACUUAAUGUCCCUAUAAGUGUAAAGCAGGAAAUUACUUUUACUGAUGUGUCUGAGCAACUGAUGAGAGACAAAAAACAAAUCAGAGAGCCAGUAGACUUACAGAAAAAGAAGAAACGGAAACAACGUUCUCCUGCAAAAAUCCUUACAAUAAAUGAGGAUGGAUCACUUGGUUUGAAAACCCCAAAAUCUCACGUUUGUGAGCACUGCAAUGCUGCCUUUAGAACGAACUAUCACUUACAGAGACAUGUCUUCAUUCAUACAGGCGAAAAACCAUUUCAGUGUAGUCAAUGUGACAUGCGUUUCAUACAGAAGUACCUGCUACAGAGACAUGAGAAGAUCCAUACUGGUGAAAAACCAUUUCGCUGUGAUGAAUGUGGCAUGAGAUUCAUACAAAAAUAUCAUAUGGAAAGGCAUAAGAGAACUCAUAGUGGAGAAAAACCUUACCAGUGUGAAUACUGUUUACAGUAUUUUUCCAGAACAGAUCGUGUAUUGAAACAUAAACGUAUGUGCCAUGAAAAUCAUGACAAAAAACUGAACAGAUGUGCCAUCAAAGGUGGCCUUCUGACAUCCGAGGAAGAUUCUGGCUUUUCUACAUCACCAAAAGAUAACUCACUGCCAAAAAAGAAAAGGCAGAAAACAGAGAAAAAAUCAUCUGGAAUGGACAAAGAGAGUGCUUUGGACAAAUCUGACCUGAAGAAAGAUAAAAAUGAUUACUUGCCUCUUUAUUCUUCAAGUACUAAAGUAAAAGACGAGUAUAUGGUAGCAGAGUAUGCUGUUGAAAUGCCACAUUCUUCGGUCGGGGGAUCGCAUUUAGAAGAUGCAUCAGGAGAAAUCCAUCCACCUAAGCUGGUUCUCAAAAAAAUUAACAGUAAGAGAAGUCUGAAACAGCCACUGGAGCAAAAUCAAACAAUUUCACCUUUAUCCACAUAUGAAGAGAGCAAAGUUUCGAAGUACGCUUUUGAACUUGUGGAUAAACAAGCUUUACUGGACUCAGAAGGCAAUGCUGACAUCGAUCAGGUUGAUAAUUUGCAAGAGGGGCCCAGUAAACCUGUGCAUAGCAGUACUAAUUAUGAUGACGCCAUGCAGUUUUUGAAGAAGAAGCGGUAUCUUCAAGCAGCAAGUAACAACAGCAGAGAGUAUGCACUGAAUGUGGGUACAAUAGCCUCUCAGCCUUCUGUGACACAGGCAGCUGUGGCAAGUGUCAUUGAUGAAAGUACCACCGCGUCCAUAUUAGAUUCACAGGCACUGAAUGUGGAAAUUAAGAGUAAUCAUGACAAAAAUGUUAUUCCAGAUGAGGUACUGCAGACUCUGUUGGAUCAUUAUUCCCAUAAAGCUAAUGGACAGCAUGAAAUAUCAUUCAGUGUUGCAGACACAGAGGUGACUUCUAGCAUAUCAAUAAAUUCUUCAGAAGUACCCGAGGUCACCCAGUCGGAGAAUGUUGGAUCCAGCUCCCAAGCAUCCUCAUCAGAUAAAGCCAACAUGUUGCAGGAAUACUCAAAGUUUCUGCAGCAGGCUUUGGACAGAACUAGCCAAAAUGAUGCCUAUUUGAAUAGCCCGAGCCUUAACUUUGUGACUGAUAACCAGACCCUUCCAAAUCAGCCGGCAUUCUCGUCCAUAGACAAGCAAGUCUAUGCAGCCAUGCCCAUCAAUAGCUUUCGAUCAGGAAUGAAUUCUCCACUAAGAACAACUCCAGAUAAGUCCCACUUUGGACUAAUAGUUGGUGAUUCACAGCACUCAUUUCCCUUUUCAGGUGAUGAGACAAACCAUGCUUCUGCCACAUCAACCCAGGACUUUUUGGAUCAAGUGACUUCUCAGAAGAAAGCUGAGGCUCAGCCUGUCCACCAAGCUUACCAAAUGAGCUCCUUUGAACAGCCCUUCCGUGCUCCUUACCAUGGAUCAAGAGCUGGAAUAGCUACUCAGUUUAGCACUGCCAAUGGACAGGUGAACCUUCGGGGACCAGGGACAAGUGCUGAAUUUCCAGAAUUUCCCUUGGUGAAUGUAAAUGAUAACAGAGCUGGGAUGACAUCCUCACCUGAUGCCACAACUGGCCAGACUUUUGGCUAAAAAAAAAUGUGUAAAUAAUACUGGCACUUUAAAACAGAUUAAUCAAGAGUGGGGUUACUCUGUGUAAAAUGGAGUGCUGUACAGAUUUAAGAGCAAUGCGAUUUAACAAGCUGAUACGAAUAGCAAGAUAAUCCAAUAACUGCAUUUUGUUUGGUUAGCAUUCUUUGAACUGCCUUACAUGUUGUCACCUUUAUAGAAGCAAUGCAUUACUUGUUUUAGAUCAGAAACUUGCUAUUCCACCUACACGUUUAAAAGGAAAAAAAAGACUUUCGCACAAUUGUUUCCUAACUGAUAACAUUGUACAUUCUUAGGAGAUUAGUAAUUGUGUGAAAUUUACUCAUACUGUUUAAGUUUUUCAGCAUAGUCAUUGCACUUCAGCAGGGAAUCUGACUAUACUUUACAGAGUGAACUUAAAAGUUUAAAUGUCAAGAGAUUAUGGCUUAAAUAAAUUAGUGUGUCCUAUAAGGGAAAAAGAAACCACCUUUUAAAAAGAAUGAUAUGCCAUAUACCCUUGAUUUUCAUUAUAUUGACAUGUUUUUUUUUUUUUUU